AUGUACCACUUUUGGCAGCCCAAAGAGAGGAACUAUUUCGAGGAAGGAGAAAAGGCGCUGCAGAGUUUCUGCUCUAUCUUGGAAAGGAAGGAAUGGACCAUCGAGAAGAAUUUCAACGAAGAAGGAAUCAUCGUGAAAUCCUUCUACGACGAAGAGAAGAAGAAGACUUUCCUAUUGACUGAGCACACGUCAGAGGGUGGACCACCUCCUACAGGUUUCGUGGAGUAUCCGUGA